AAAUGAGCACACCAACUGACCAAUUUUGAUCAGUUUAUCGACUUUGAUCCACGCAUUACGUGCAGGGAAUUGUUUCCACAAACGAGCACCAGAGGGCGACCGUGAGAACGUGGGCGUUGCAUCCCCCUCCUCUUCCUCCUCUUCCUCCCUGCGUGUUAUUUUUUUUCCGGCGGGAUGCUGCAGGCUGCGUGUCUUUCUCAUCACGAUUAUGAUCAACUGAUGCUUUUCCUCGAGAUGCGCGGUGUGAACUUUCCAUGUCUACCUCGGUGAUUUAUUGGUGCUAAAAUGACGAUUUGAGGUGAGCUUGCAGGAUCAGGUCCUGAGCUGGGAAUGAUGGUCCCUCAACUGUGUUGAACCACAUAGAGGUAAACCCGCCCUUCCUGAGGCCGACUAACUGCCGAGUCCAAAAUGUGCGAGAGAGCGGUGCCGCUGAGGAACGACAACGUGGCGAAAGACGCGCCGGCCGAUGGGAACGCCAACGACGUCGGGGCAGAUGAUGAGGCCGGCAGUGUCGGCAGGUCAGCCGGAAGCGACGCCGUGUCCGAGCGCGACAAGGUGGUUAUCUGGGGAACGGACUCCCAGUGCGACGACCCCGAGUUGGCGGAGUUCGAGAUGCUGGAGUGUCAGGAGCUGGAGGCCUACCUGGUGGAGGACGGAGAGGAUUUUGUUGGGCUGAGGGAGCGCAGCAAGGAUCAGCCGCCUUCAAGUAGCAGGACUGCAACAGAGCCAGAAACUGAGACCCACGUGGACAACCAGGGCAGGCCCUCGCCUUCCCGGACUGAAAACGGAGAGAAAUUUCUCGAGUCCUGGGUGGAUCUCAACUUGAACUCCACCAAGGAUCUCGCGUCAGAAGCCCAUGAACGCAACAGGAACAAUAACCAGAAGAAUAAAGCCACAAAGAGAGCCGCUAUUCACAAGACGCCACCCGUCCGAAACAUUACAACUGAUCAAAACGCACAAGCGGACGAGAGCGGGAGCCCUCGCAAAAUGAAAUUCGCACAGCCCAAAGCUGUCAAGAACCAAGGCUCCUUUGAUAACUCCUUGAAAAAACAGAACUCCUUCGAGAGGAGCUUCAAGAAGCAGCUGUCCUUUGAAAAUUACACCAAAAAUUCCGCAAAGAACUCCUUCGAGAACGUCUCCCGUUCCUCCAGUCUGGAGGGAAGGAAGCCGUGGGGAAGCUCCAGUCGCCCGGUGACGCCGGCGUCCCCCAGGAAGCAACCCCCUGCUUCUCCAGCCAAGGGGCAAAGCGCCCGGGUGCCCAAGACCAGCCUGGCUAGUGCGAUCCCCAAACCUGUCGGUCCUUUGCAGAAAGACUCUGACACCAGGAGGUCCUCUUCUCCGCCCAAGCCCCAAAAUGUGCGUCCGAAAAUCAUCACCUGCAUACGCAAGAGUCCUGCAGGAAAAUUGCGAGGAACCGACACGCCGCCUGAAGGCACCAUGCACCACUCAAAACAGUCCUCCAACUCUAGUACGCCGGCUCAUGCGGAUCUGAAGGUGGGUGCUCUCUCGAAAGGCUCACCGGUGCUCGGCUCUUCCAUCCUUGACAAGUACAGGGAGGACACGUUUGGACAUUGUUCCACUGGGUUGAAACCUGGAGCCGGCAGCGCUCCUCACGAUGACAUCCCUGGGAAAUGUCUCCAAGAGCACACCUCUCACGAUGGAGCCAGCGUCUACCGCUCCCCAAGAUGCGCAAGGCCUCAGCUGGGCCUGGGCGCUGUCACCCGACAACCCACAGCAAAAACACGAGUUCAGCAAACCGGUCCAAAGUCGUCAUCGGCGAUGCUCGGCCAACACGGAGCUCACGGCUCCCUGGAAGCUUCAGGGGAGCAAAGGAGGUCAGGUCCGGAAACCUCCCCCAGGAACCUUUUGCUGAAAUCAGGCCAGUCUGGCCUCCGUCCUCCGGGAUUCUCUGCCCUUCCUCCCGUCAGAGUGACGACUGGGGGCAUCAUGAGGAGCGUGUCGUCCAUGUCUAAUGACAGCAAUACUUGCCGAACAACACAGACUUGGAGAAAAGAGACACUGAAGGAAUCAGAGGCGGCCUCCCCCAAAAAAUGUGCAGUGGUUUCGCCCAAGCCUCAAUCCCCUGUGCGCGGGCGGUGCGGGUCGUCGCAGGAAGUGGACCGGGCGCUCAUCAAGCUGCUGAGGGAACGCUGCGAGCAGCAGGCCCGCCAGCUGCACAGCCUGCAGGCGCAGCUGAAGAAGGCCUCGCUGUGCAUGAGCGUCUUUUCCAUCACCACGCAGCACUUCUGUCACAAGAGCGAGAGCGCAGCGGUGAGAGAAGGGGAACUGUCCCAGGAGCUCGCCAGGAUCAGGGAUGAAGUGGCUUUCAGCGUGUCCCACUGGGAGCAGCUGCAGCGCGAGAAGCAGGAGCUGGAGCGGCGUUUCGAGGAGGAGCUCAGGGGCCUGCGGGCCGAGCAGCGGGUCCAGCUGGGAGCGCUGGAGGAGCGGCUGAGGGCGCGCCACUCGGCCGACACGCGCGGCCUGCGGGCCCUCCAGCGCGCCCAAUUGGACGACCUCAAACUGCAGCAACGGGAACAGAUGGCGGAGAUGAAUGAGAACCACGAGGCCUCCCUGGUGGAGAUGGAGGCGACUCACAACGACACGCUGGCCACCCUGCGGGAGGAGCACGACCGGACCGUGAAAAAUCUGAAGAUGGCCCACGAGCAGCAGAGGAAGUCUCUGGAGGAGGAGUUUGAGAAGAUCAGACUCUCCUUACAGGAUCAGGUGGACAUGCUGACCUUCCAGAACAGGAGCCUGAGGGACCGAGCCAAGCGCUUCGAGGAAGCCCUCCGCAAGAGCACCGAUGACCAGAUAGUGGACGCUUUGGCGCCUUACAAACACAUCGAAGAGGACCUGAAGAGCCUGAAGGAGGUUCUGGAGAUGAAGAACCAACAAAUCCAUCAGCAGGACUUGAAGAUUACCGAGCUGGAGAAAAUACAGGCUGAAAAGAACGUUCACCUGGAGGAACGAGUGCAAGUGUUGCAGCAGCAGAACGAGGACCUGAAAGAACGCAUCGACAAGAACCUCGCUGUGUCCAGGCAACUGUCGGAGGAGAACGCCAACCUGCAGGUGCAUGUGGAGAAGGAGAGCACGGAAAAGAAGCGUCUGAGCCGCACCAACGAGGAGCUGCUGUGGCGUCUGCAGACGGGCGAGCUCAGCCCUCGCAUGUCUCCGAGCGGCUCGCCCGUCCACCGGUCGCCCUCUCUGCCCGGCUCGCCCGCCCGCCCGAGCUCCUACCACCAGUGACCGACACAACCUCCACACCUCCUGCAAGUUACACUCAGGAGUGCUCUCGAUUCUUUUUUUUUUUUUAAGACAGGCAGGAACUUGAACAAAGGACAUGCUGACAUUGUCCAUUUUGCCUUUAUUUGUCAUCCCAACGCGACGGACGACGGGCGUACUGAAUGAUGCAAGCUUUGCCGUCCGUUUUCUUCCACCAGCAGCCUCCUCCAAGGACCAAACGUUGCUUUUUAACGAAGCAUUAUUAACAAUCGAGGGCGAACUGGGCAGCUUCCAUUUGGUGGCACCUUGGUGCCAAGGAACCAUUGAAGUGAGUUGAGGAGCUUCAUUUCUCUUGCCGCCAUCUUGCGGCAUCAAUUUCAGCCCUGUAAAGCCCCUCAGUUACCACGGAUUCAGCGAGCAUUGAGUCCGACUCACUUGGACCCGAAUGAGGGCCAACAGGAUAGAAAACGAAUGGCGGGAUGGGGUGCCUUGCUCAAGGGCCGUAUCCCCAUGUCAACCACGGGAAUCGAACCAGGGAUUCUUCAGUCGAGGUCCACAUUCUCAUGUCCACAGGAACACGGGUAUUUUUAAUGUUUUGUUGCAUUUUGACCUGAGAAACCGUCGCCCAAAGUGACAAAGCCAAGAAAUUUGUGCUGCUCAUCGCAGAACAGCAAAUGGAACUUAGUAUCUUUCUCCGUCCUGGAGACUAAUAUUGAACGGGCAUAAACCUGGAAUGUAGGCAGCCAAAUUGGCUGUUUUGUCUUUUUGUUCAGAGACAAAAAUAUUUUAAAAUAAAAUUGGCUCAAAAAGUACGCAGGCAAGAAAUUUAAAAGCUUUUCUUUCCCCUUCAGUUUUUUUCCACAGUCAUUUUGUAUCAAAUAAUUUGAAUGAAUAUUUUAAAGAAUGACUAUAUGAAAAUAGGUUAGAGACUUUUAUCCAUUACAAUAGGGUUGUAGACUUUGGGGGGAAAAAAAGAAAUGAUAUAUCAAAAAAAGAAAAAAAUGUUUGGUUUUGAGCAGCUUUGUGCUCCAAAGAUAUAUGAGGACCACGCUGAAAAGAAAAAAAAAUAGAUAAAUACGAUGAAAAUGGUUGAACUUGGACCAGAAAAAAAUAAAGAAUAAAGUCGGAAUUUUGCAAGAGUAACACUGCAAAAGUAUUAGAAAAAAAAAUCGCUUUUUUGAAACGAGUCGUAAUAUUGAAUUGACGAUUGUCCCUUUCUCAGCGUGGUCCGAAUAAUCUUGCCAAAGCUCCUCGUCCGUCAUCACUGACAGCCUCGAUUUGUUUCCGUCUUUGUUUACAUUUCUUAAGAUUGUAUUGAAGGAUUCGUCGCGUGGAAAGCAUGUCUCUGUGCGUUUUUUUUUUGUUUUUUUUUGUGAUUUAUAUUUCUUCGGUCAAACACGCCAUGUGUCUUUGUCGUUUUCUUUGCUCGUCCAGCCAAACUGUGAAGUGUGAGCUUGGCAGUUUGCAACGUUGCGUGUUGUCGCCACUGUUACACGUUUUGCUCUUUGUACUCUAGUAUUAAAUCACAACGGGAAAC